AUGGGCUGCAAUGCAAGUCAGGCUGACAAAGUUGUGCCAAAAACUCAGCCAGGAGAUACAACAAUAUUCACAAUCCCUCGCCCUUUAGCCACAUAUGAUAAUCCCCUGCAAAAUCCAUCGCUUGCAGAACUAUUAAUUAACAAUAGUUUAUCAACGAUACAGUCUGUUGAUGAAUCAAGAUUUAAUUUAAACAACAAAAAUAUCAAUUUUGCAAUUGUAUCUGAAAAAUCAAGCAUUAUUGGCAUAGCUCCAAUUAGAAAAAUACUUAAUUUAAUCACAAUAGACACGCAGACAGCGCACUACCCAAGAAAUAUUGCAAUUAAUUUAUAUCAUAAUUUUAAUAUCCAGCCUACAAAAAGACAAGCUACAUUAGCAAAUGAGGAAACUCAAACUUUCCUUACUGCUGGAACACAAGAUGCUGAGAUGCAAACAAUGGACUGUAAAGACUGUUGCUUAAUAAUACAAACAAGCGGAAGUUUCACUAUAAAUGGAGAUACUUUUAAAAACAAAAGAUCAAAAAGCAAGAAAAAAAACAGAAAAAUUGAGGAAAUAUAUGAAGAACAAACAAUAGAAACUUUGGGGAAAAAAAGAAAAGAUUUGCAGGAGAUGAGAGAUAAAUCAGAAGACGAGGAAAUUAAUGGAGAAAUCGAUAUAAAUUUGCAAGAGGCUUCUGAAAGCGAAGACCACCUAUUUAAACAAGGGAUUCAGAAUUCAAAUAAAUAUGGACUGGAAAGUUAUAAAGAAUUAGAUAGUUUUCAGUCAAAAAAUGAGCCGACGUGCCAAGAGGAAAAAAUUGAAAUGCAAAAAAAGAUCAGUGAACUUGAAGCAAAAAUAAGAGAGCUAGAGCAAAAAAAUAAGGAUCUUGAAAUCCAUAACAGCCAGGAAGAAACAGUCCCUAUAAUUCAAGCACGGCCAAAAAAGACUGAGACCAGUAAAUUCGUGAAGACCCUUAAAAAAGCUCACAGACAUACAAAAAGUGAUAUCGGAACUCUCAUAAUGAAUAGAGCUAAAAAAGAAACACCCAACUUUAAAUAUCCAGAAAUCCUUGUAUCUAAUGACAAUUCUAUAAUAGAAAUAAAGCCAGACUUUGAGUUCAAUCGGAAUUUAGACUUUGAUAGCCUUAUUGAUGCUAAUAAUAAAGACUUAUUAAGCCCAGAAUCAGCAUUCGAAACUCCUUCAAAGCUAUCUCACAGCAAAAGACAUUCAAUAAGUGAUGCUUUUACAGCAGACGAUUUUAAAAGCACUGAUUUCUAUGAUGAAUUUAUCAAUAAUAACCCCAAAUAUAAAAGAGAUCUCCAUAUAUUGACCCCACAACCGACUUCAAGAAGCAGAAUUAAUUCUUCUAUACAGACCCCUGUUGGAAGCUCAGAUGGAACUUUAAUAAAAACUUCGAAGUCGAAUGGCCAUCACUUUGUGUUUAGUGGCAAAGCAAGCCCAAGCAACAUUUCUUAUUCAAGCAAAAAGCGCUUUGAUUUUAAAUUUUUCACCCCAAAAGCGGUUGACCAACCACAAAAUUCUAAAUUAAAAUACGAUCUUCUAGACUCUGAAAGAAAAAGGCACAUAAUGGCUUUAAAAAUUUAUCAAAAAAACCAAACUGCUCCUAAAGACAACUUGAGUAAACUUAUUGAUGAAAUUAUCGACGAGCAUAUUAGCUCUUAA